CUAUGGGGGUGGAGGGAAACGGUUACCGGAGAGAGACGGGGAUUCGUGGCCCCUCGGCGGAUCCCGGGAGGAGGAAAGGGCAGGGAAGGGAGAGCAGGUGCUGGCUGUAACAGCAGCCUUAAAUAUUAAAUUGGUUCCCUUCGUCAGCAGCGUCACCACUUCAAGACAUUUGCAGCAUGAGUAAUACUAAAUUGAUUCCAAGACUCCCCAUUCGACCCCCUGUCCCUGACAGCAAUUUAAAAACUCCACUGGAAAGCCCAUCUUUCAAAAUGGGCGACUUUCACCAAAAUCUGCAAGGCUUUGUAGAAUCUGAUUCAGAAAGCCUUGAACAAGGAAGAAGACACCAGAUAGAUUUCCAGAAAAGGAACUUGGAUGAUGAAGACCUGCUGAGGGAAACUUUUGAAGAGCUAGAGCGGGACAGCUUAGAGAAAAGCAGUCCAGAAGGAGAAAGUUGGAGUGAUUCAGAAGAGUCAGAAUCAGAAACAGAAAGUUUCAAAGCUCAUGAGAUGUCCAGCAGAAGAGAUCUCAGUCCCGAAGGCAGCGAUGAAAAAAGAAGCCACCAGCUACCUGAGGACAAGUAUUCAGAUCUCCGGUACAAUCCAAACUGGAAAAACAAUCAAGAGGACCAGAAGUCUUCAGCGACGAAAAGAGUACAUCAGGCUGCUGAGAUCGUCCCCCAGAACAUCUCUGAGGAUUCCCUGCAGUCUUCUUCGGAGGCUUCCUUUGAACAAUUGAAGAAAGAGGAACAAAGCCCCCAGAGUCCCAUAACGCUCCUUGGUAGUGAGUUUUUGAGCCCCAGCUCUGAGCACAAUGAGGUGACCAGUGAGGCCUUUUCAGUGCAGAGCAGUAGCGAUAGAGGAGAAAAGAUGGAUCAGGUGGCUCAGUAUCUCAAGAGUUCAGGUUUGAAAGCUGAUGGUUUUCAGCCCAAAUCUAGGGCCCCACGGAAGUGGAGAUCCAAACAAGAUUUCGUGGAAAAAAACAAACUGACUUUAGGAUUGUCUACACACAAGUCAGCUUCUUAUCUUCAACUACACAAUAGGAAGCUGAGAGAAGUUCAUCAGGAGCAGGAACAGAACACUGUGAUAUGGGGUUUUGGAUCCGUUUUCAUCCCAGAGAUCUCUGACAUUGUUAAAGUUGCUGACAAGAGGCUCAUUCAGAGGGCCAGAGAGAUUCAGAAUGCUGACAUGGAUCCUGAAGACAAGUGGCAUCAGAGAGCCCAACUGCUAAAGGACUACAGGGAUCAGUGGCCCCAAUCGGGGAGAGUAAAAUCAAGGCAAGUACCCAGAGAUCUACUUCUUCAGCCCACAGAUGGCCAGAUUGUCACACGCAAAUUUCACAGACACAAAUAUCCCAGUGGGCCAAAAUCUCAGAAAGCUUCUAAAAAACCCAGCUCACCUGAGAACUUCAGUCUUGAUCAAGUUGACCAGAGUUCCAUACCGGGAUGGCCACAGAGCCAUCCACCAGUCAAACCAGAUGAUCCUUCCAUAAAGCUCAGGUCAGGGGUGAUUUGGAAUAUGCCUGUUGGUGAUUUAGCAUCCUCAAAUCCAGAUGUUAGCCAGAAUCACUGGGGAAUCUCCAACAACUUUGCUUUGCCGAAGCAACCUCUGAUCUCAUAUAAAAACUCUCCUGGAUUUAGCUUAUCACCGUUGCAAGGUCAUGAUGGGAGAGAAGGAUAUUCUCACUUUCGAAAACUCUGUUCCAGGCAUCAGCAGCCCCAUUUCACCCCUCCCCCAGAGUUGGACUCUCCCUAUGUUAGUGGAUCCAACAGGGAGCAAUGGGCACCGAGCCAGCAAAUGUCUUUGCCUGCUUCUAAUGCAAAUGUUCAUCUCAAGCCUUCACCUCAAGGACCCAUGAGACAGAUCUAUUCAGAAGCAACCUAUCAAGACCCAGAUAUCUCAAGGUUCCCUGAGUCUCCAUCCCACAGUCAGCUUGCAAGGGCUUCUCCAGAAACCCAGCUAAACCACCUGAUGGAACAACAUCAACACGCCUUAACCCAACUGACGGACCUUCAGCCCCGGGAAAGUUCCAGCAAUAUGUUUCCUUCAGUCCUUUCAAGGGUAGAAAGUGAAUCCCAGCUUAGUUUGGGGAGGAGUAAAAGCAGCCAGGCAACCAUUAGCCCCAGCAGUUCCAAGAGUUGCCUGUUCAACCCAAAGAGGCAGAAGAAGCUCCAAGUCAGUGGGAACAAGAAGCCCUCCAAACUAAAAGGCUAUCAGAAAAAAGAUGUGAUGCUUGGAGGCCUUGGACCUGACUUUGAAUCCAUCAAAGACAAAACAGAAAAGUUAAAACAACAAAAAGAAUAUGCAAAACAAGUUAAGGAACACAACAUGAGGCUUCUGUCCACUAUGUCAAAACCACAAAAUGCCAAACAAGAAAAUAAAUCUGCAGUCUCCCGUCAGAAGGCUUUGGAAUAUGCUAAGAAUAUCCCGAAACCCAAACCAGUUUUACCAUCAAAUCUGACUGAUCCAGAAUCAAAAGAGGGACAAAUUUUGACCCAUGCUGGAAAAGAAGAAAGUUUACCUGAAAUCACAUUGCUAGAAGUACUGCAGAGGCGACAUGAAAGAGAAAAACAGGCUGUAGCAGCUUUCAAAGUCCUUCAUAUUGUGUAGAAAAUAUGAAAUGCCCAGAAGAACCUGUUUAAGAAAGAAGAUAGAGGAACAAAAGAAACUCUGGCCCAGCCUUAGCAUUCUAAAAUGAUUGCUUUUUAGUUGUAAUCAGACUGCUGCUGUUCUGUUUGUGUUUUUGUAGAACGUAAUAUUUGGGAUCAUAUCCUAUCCUCCUUCAGUGAGAAACUCCUAUGGAAAUGAAUAACAUUUUAAGUUUGUAAGAGUUUCAUCUGAGUUAGAAACCGCAGAAUAAAGUCCUGUGUUUUUAUGUGAA